AUGUCAACCUACAGCGACCACUUGAGACGACUUUCAUUUGCAACUGCGUUUCUUUCUUCCACCGAAACACUGUUCAAUUCCAUCGAAUCAUUGCUUCCCUCACUAGAUUCAGUGCGACCGCCGCCGCCGUCGUCGUCGUCGCCGCCAAGACCAUCGAUGACUCCUUUUAAGAAACGACUUCUCCAUAGAGUUGAAGACUCCACAAGACGUUACCUGUCUCCUACUGAUGAAAAGGAAGAUGAAGAAUACGCAGUGGAAAAACAAGAAAGCCUGCAGAUUGAAUACAAAAAUCCCUCUUAUGAGGUAGAAGAAGAUGAAUGGGCUGGACAAGGAGCCGAAGAAGCUCAUGGAGAUAGAUUUGGGGGACAAUAUAUAACAGAACAUGAUGAAAAUGUUGAUGAGGAAGAGUUAAGCGAGGAUAAUUUCUAUGAUGAACAUGGUAUGGAUCAAGAUAGUUACAAGAAAGAACGCCAUGAUGUGGUUAGAGAGAGACAAAAGAAGAAAGAAUUAGAAGUAUUUGUUGGUGGAUUAGAUCGUGAUACAAAUGAAGUUGAUCUUAGAGAUGUUUUUAGUCAAGUGGGUGAUAUUACCGAAGUGAGACUCUUGAUGAAUCCAAUGACUAAUAAAAAUAAAGGCUUUGCUUUCAUAAGGUUUGCAACUGUUGAACAAGCUAGACGUGCUCUUAAUGAGCUCAAAAGACCAAUGAUUAAUGGAAAGCAAUGUGGAGUCGCUCCAAGUCAAGAUAGUGACACUUUGUUUGUUGGUAACAUUUGCAAGACAUGGUCAAAAGAUAUGUUGAAGGAAAAGCUAGUGCGAUAUGGGAUAGACAAAUUUGAAGAGUUGACAUUAGUUGAAGAUGUGAAAAAUGAAGGAAUGAAUCGAGGGUUUGCUUUCUUGGAUUUUCCAUCAAGAGCAGAUGCAUUAGAAGCUUGCAGACGUUUGCAGAAAAGAGAUGUCAUAUUUGGAACUGAUAGAACAGCUAGGGUUGCUUUUGCUGACACAUUUAUUGAACCUGAUGAUGAAAUCAUGGCACAGGUGAGGACUGUGUUUGUUGAUGGAUUACCUCCUUCAUGGGAAGAGGAUAUUAUAAAAGAUCAUUUAAAACAAUUUGGGAAAAUUGAAAAGGUUGAACUUGCUAGAAAUAUGCCUGCUGCUAAAAGAGAUGAUUUUGGUUUUAUAACAUUCAGCACACAUGAAUGUGCAGUUUCUUGUGUUGAUGGGAUUAAUGAUUCAGAGCUUGUUUUCAGAAACAAGAAGGUGAAAGUUAGAGCAAGGCUAUCUAGACCUCGCCAGCGAGGCAAAUCUGCUAAAUAUGCAAGAGGAGGUUACACAGUUGGAGCAGAUGGUUAUGGAAGCUACAAGGGUGGCUCAUGGGAGGCUGGUGGUGGUGGUGGUGGUGGUAGUGGUUCUAAUCGUAUGGAUUCUCAUAGGUUCACAGACAGAGGUAGAAGAAGCAUUCGGGAUAGAAGUCCAUAUGAAGGAGGAGGGCGUAGAAGGUCAUUUGACUCUCGAGUUGACCGAGUUGACCGGGGAUAUGAUGUGUCUGUUUCUGAUAGAACUUCUAACAGAAGACCAUAUACAUCUACAGAUAGAUCUAUAAAACGAAGAUCACCAGAUUAUGAAAGGAGCAACUUUAAAGCAGAUUACACAAGGCAAAACAUGGGAAUAUCUUCUUCAAAUGAGAGACAAGUGUAUAGAGAUUCUUAUUCUUCACGUGGAUCUGGAUACAUGGAAGAUUCUUCUAGAACUAUUUCUAGAGUUUCUGGUAGAAAUUCACAUCUUUAUAAUGAUGAUGAUGAUGAUGAGGAUGAUGAUGAUGAUGGAAGAAGAUAUAUGUAUGUAGAUCAUCCAUCAAGAUUCAAUGGUGGUGGGACACGAAACUUUAGUUCCACUUUAAAGCGACCUUACUCUUCAAUUGAGGAACAUCAUCCUCGUUAUAGGAGGCAAUCAAGAUCAGAUUUUGAGUAUGGAAAUAGUUCUGAUUUGGUGUAUAAUGAUCGGAUUUAUGGAAAUGAGCCUACAAGGGUGGCACGUGGGUCCCGUUCCGGAUACAAUGGAAGUAAUCCAAGCCAUUCUCAUGGAGUAUAUGACAAGAAUACUUCCAAUGGAGGAUACAGAAGAGUGGAGAUGAGCAAUGAAGAUCCAGAAGAGCUGUACCCUAGAUUUGGCAGAGAUCGUGAGUCACGAGACUACAUUCCUUCACGAUCAGAUAUGCGUGGAGAAUCAUUCUCACCUGUCUACUCGAAUCAUCGUGUGGCUGAUGAUUACUACUAAGAGAGAGAAAACAGGAGGCCCGAGAAUUAUUUAGAGGUUUAAAUCAGUGGUUGAGUUUGGGGUUGUGUAUUCAGAUAUGAUGAGACGGAGAUUGUGGUUACUGGUUAUAUGUAUGAUUAUGUUGUUGAGAUUUUAAUAAGAAGUAAGAACACAUGGUUUUGUUUUGAGAUUGCAUCACUUCACUUGACUUCACAUACAAGAUUAUCGGGAUUUUAUUUAUGUAUUUUCUUAGAGGAUUUGUAUCAUAAAAAACUAGAUUUUGAGAUUGUUUAAUGAGAUUCAAGAGGAUAUUCUUUUAUUCUUUAUUGACACCAAGGAUCUAUACACAAAGGAUUUUGAGGAGAUAUAAUAAUGGUGGGAUUAUAAGAUUGAAGCUGCAUAUACCAAGUAUUGAUGUGAGGAGAAACGAAUAUGAGACUUUUAAGGAUGGAAGGGAGCGACAUUUAAAAAAUUGAACAUUUGAUUAAAAAUAUGGUAAAUUGUAUCCUUGAGGGUCCCACACUGCUUCAUUUUUGAGUUGUUUGUGCAUCGACUUCUGGUUGUUGUUGGUUGUAUGAGUUUUGAUUGGAUAUGUAACGAUAGAAGUUGUAAAAAGACCAUGAAAAUUAGGAUGGAAGAUCGGUUUGACUCAUCAUCAUAGAUCGAAUAAUGUUAUAAUGUUUUAAAGAGUUUGAUUCCAUAUGGUUUCUCAAACACCAUUUAACUUGGUGUUCAUGAUGGGUGACUAAAAUGAUCCAGGAAAUUAUGGUCUAGGUAUUCUCCAAAAGAGUGAAGUUUGUUUUUUUUUUAGAUAAUUUUAACAAGACAAAAUUACAUAAAUGGUCCUUAUGGUUUCUUAAAUUUGUAUGUAUCUUUUUUUUUUUGCAUGG